AUGGCGCUAGUGUUUUACCGAUUAAUGACGAUCGUCAUCCUCGCCUUUUUAACUGGUCAAUGUUGCGGUAGGAACCCAUUUUGGUUCAGACCCACUCCAAAGCGUGAUCAACAGUAUUAUCAGUCAUUUCAACACGUGCCGACUAAAAAUGAGACCGCAACGAAAUUGGUCACCAAUUUCUUUCGCAUACCCCUCUCGUACUUGUCUCAGAUUGGACGGAGCAAGAGGCAGGUCACACAGGAAGAUAUCGUGGUGAUUCUGGACCGUUCAGGUUCGAUUGGGGACUGUAACUACAAAAAAGCAAAGCAAGCCCUGAAGAACAUGCUUGAAAUUGCGUCAGAAGUAGGAUAUGACAACAGAUAUGCAGCAGUGACAUUUGCAAGCCAUGCCACGACCGAUUUUACUUUUGUUGCCAAUCCGGACGCAGGAAUUAAGAUAAAGAACCUUCCCUAUAUCAGUGGGGCAACCAACACUCAGGCUGCAUUACAAGAAGCGAAAAGGGUUUUUGAAGAUCCUUCUUCGGGGAAACGUCCGGGUGUUGUCAAGAUUGCUUUCCUUAUCACCGAUGGGCAAUCAAACGUUGAUCCCUGGAAGACCAUACCAAAUGCUAACUUAUUGAGAGCUAGUGGUGUGGAGAUUUUUGUCGUUGCUGUUGGAGAUUACAAAUCAGGAAUCAGUGAAAUCGUGGAAAUAGCUUCGCCAGACCGUAAAUACCACGUGUUCCGCGUCGCUGACAUGAAUGGCUUCCUGGAUGUUACAAAUUUGGCUUUUAAGUUAGUUGCUCCCAAGAAAUAUGCAGCUUUAACUCCUCAUAAGAAACUUUGUUAA